AUGAAGAGCCGCAACUCCCUCAAUUAUCUGCCGGGCGAUCGACUUUAUGUUCGGAAUCGCGCUGCUGCUGCUGCUGCUGCUGCUGCUGCUGCUGCUGCUGGAGGUGUGUGGGAAAGCUUGCUGGGAAGGGGGGCCUGGCGCUGUUCUUUGGCGCGCCUGGCGGUGUCUUGUCAAAAAGAGCUGCAAAGAAGAGCCCAGGAGUUCCAUCAAGAUGUUCUGGACGGUGAAGCCCCCGGGGGUGGUGCUGUAGAAGACCGAGUCCGCAGCCACCAGCGCGCCCGAUCCUCUGCAUUCCUCGAGACAAAUUGCUUCUCUGGAAGCAAUUUUAGUCCACUUUUGAGUUCUUUUCAAAGCCAGGCGCCUGCCGGAGGACUUUUCCACCACCAAAUAGACCCGCCCGAAGGUGCCCUGGCCCAGUAG